CCGGUUGGAGUGGGGCUCGAGGGGCGCGGAGUGCAGACAGAAGUGGGUGGGAGAGAGGAAGGGGAGGGGAGCGCAGCUGGGGGAGGGAGAGAAGAACCACCGGAGGGCUGGAGGGGGCGCAGUGGGCGCGAGCCUCGCCGCCGUUCUUACCUCGCGCGCGCACCGCGGUGGUGCUGGGCUCUGGAGAGGAGCCCCGGCUGGGAGAGCCCCUAGCGCCCCUCCUCCUCCCCCUCUUGCUCGCGCGCCCCGCCCGAGACCCGGCUGCGGAGGCUGUGGCGACGGCGUGGGCGCUAGGCACAGCCGCCGCGGACCCAAACACCCGGGCCGGAGUGCCGGGGGCUCAGCCGGUAUGGGCAACCUGGAGAGCACCGAGGCCGGGCCAGGAGAGCCGCCCCCCGUGCCGCUGCUGCUGCCCCCAGGCAAGAUGCCGAUGCCGGAGCCGUGCGAGCUGGAGGAGAGGUUCACCCUGGUGCUGAGCUCCAUGAAUUUGCCUCCAGACAAGGCUCGCCUCUUAAGACAGUAUGACAAUGAGAAGAAGUGGGACCUCAUCUGUGACCAGGAGCGAUUUCAGGUGAAGAAUCCCCCCCAUACUUACAUCCAGAAACUACAGAGCUUCCUCGACCCCAGCGUGACGCGGAAGAAGUUCAGGAGGAGAGUCCAAGAGUCGACCAAAGUGCUGAGGGAACUGGAGAUCUCUCUUCGGACUAACUACAUUGGGUGGGUCCGAGAAUUUCUGAGUGAGGAGAACAAGGGGCUGGACGUGCUGGUCGAUUACUUGUCCUUUGCACAAUGUUCUGUCAUGUUUGAUUUUGAGGGUCUGGAAAGCAGCGACGAAGGUGCUUUUGAGAAGCUGCGCUCCUGGAGCAGGUCCAUCGAGGAUCUGCAGCAGCAGCCCAGUGCCCUGUCAGCUCCUUUUGCCAAUAGCCUUGCUCGCUCUGCACGCCAGUCUGUGCUACGGUACAGCACUCUUCCUGGGAGAAGGGCCCUGAAGAACUCCCGCCUUGUAAGCCAGAAGGAUGACGUUCACGUCUGUAUCCUCUGCCUCAGGGCUAUUAUGAACUACCAGUAUGGAUUCAACCUGGUCAUGUCCCAUCCCCAUGCCGUCAACGAGAUUGCCCUCAGUCUCAACAACAAGAACCCCAGGACCAAAGCCCUUGUUCUGGAGCUGCUAGCCGCCGUGUGCUUGGUGAGGGGAGGCCAUGAGAUCAUCCUAGCCGCCUUCGACAACUUCAAAGAGGUGUGCAAAGAGCUCUACCGCUUUGAGAAGCUCAUGGAGUACUUCCGGAACGAGGACAGCAACAUCGACUUCAUGGUGGCCUGCAUGCAGUUCAUCAACAUUGUGGUACAUUCCGUAGAAGAUAUGAACUUCCGCGUGCACCUGCAGUACGAGUUCACCAAGCUCGGGCUGGAGGAGUUCUUGCAGAAGUCAAGGCAUACAGAGAGUGAGAAGUUACAAGUGCAAAUUCAGGCAUACCUAGACAAUGUGUUUGAUGUUGGUGGACUGCUGGAGGACGCCGAAACCAAGAAUGUAGCGUUGGAGAAGGUGGAGGAACUGGAAGAGCAUAUUUCCCAAUUAUCCGAAAAGUUGCUGGAUCUGGAAAAUGAAAACAUGAUGCGGGUGGCGGAGCUGGAAAAGCAGCUGCUCCAGAGGGAGAAGGAGCUAGAGAACAUAAAGGAGACCUACGAGAACACCAGCCAUCAGGUCCACACACUCCGGAGGCUUAUCAAGGAGAAGGAGGAAGCGUUUCAGCACAGGUGCCAGCUCGAUCCACACGCCGGGGCCUUGGACUCGUUGGGCAGCGAUCACGCCAAGCUGGGCCCUCCUGAGCUCAAUGAGACCCUGGGCCUGUCAGACCUGGACCCAGCAGCUCCCCCCUCAUUCCCGGAGGAGACCCUGCCCCUCCCCCCGCCGCCAGCUCCACCCCUCCCACCUCCAGCGCCCCCUCUGCCAGACAAGUGUCCUCCGGCCCCCCCUCUCCCUGGAGCCGCUCCCUCGGUGGUCCUGACUGUGGGCCUUUCAGCGAUCCGAAUCAAGAAGCCCAUCAAGACCAAGUUCCGCCUGCCCGUGUUUAACUGGACGGCGCUGAAGCCCAACCAGAUCAGCGGCACGGUCUUCAGCGAGCUGGACGACGAGAAGAUCCUGGAAGACCUGGACCUGGACAAGUUUGAGGAGCUGUUCAAGACCAAAGCCCAGGGCCCCGCCCUCGACCUCGUCUGCUCCAAGAGCAAGACGGCGCAGAAGGCCGCCAGCAAGGUCACCUUGCUCGAGGCCAACCGAGCCAAGAACCUGGCCAUAACUCUGCGGAAGGCAGGCCGCUCGGCCGAGGAGAUCUGCAGGGCCAUCCACACGUUCGACCUGCAGACGCUGCCGGUGGACUUUGUGGAGUGCCUGAUGCGCUUCCUGCCCACGGAGGCCGAGGUGAAGCUCCUGCGCCAGUACGAGCGGGAGCGGCAGCCCCUGGACGAGCUGGCGGCCGAGGACCGCUUCAUGCUGCUCUUCAGCAAGGUGGAGCGGCUGACGCAGCGCAUGGCCGGCAUGGCCUUCCUGGGCAACUUCCAGGACAACCUGCAGAUGCUCACCCCGCAACUCAACGCCAUCAUCGCCGCUUCCGCCUCCGUCAAGUCUUCUCAGAGGCUCAAGCAGAUGCUCGAGAUCAUCCUCGCGCUGGGCAACUACAUGAACAGCAGCAAGAGGGGCGCCGUGUAUGGCUUCAAGCUGCAGAGCCUCGACCUGCUGCUGGACACCAAGUCGACGGACCGGAAGCUGACCCUGCUACACUUCAUCGCGUUGACCGUGAAGGAGAAGUACCCGGAGCUGGCUGGCUUCUGGCACGAGCUGCACUUUGUGGAGAAGGCCGCCGCAGUGUCCCUGGAGAACGUGUUGCUGGAUGUAAAGGAGCUGGGCCGAGGAAUGGAGCUGAUCCGGCGCGAGUGUGGCCUUCAUGACAAUACUGUCCUCCGAAGCUUUCUCAGUGCCAACGAGGGCAAGUUGGACAAACUCCAGAGAGAUGCCAGGACUGCCGAGGAGGCUUACAACGCCGUUGUCCGUUACUUUGGUGAAAGCCCCAAGACGACUCCCCCUUCCGUCUUCUUCCCAGUAUUUGUUCGGUUUAUCCGCUCCUACAAGGAAGCAGAGCAGGAAAAUGAGGCCCGAAAAAAGCAGGAAGAAGUGAUGCGGGAGAAGAUGCUGGCUCAGGAGGCCAAGAAACUGGAUGCCAAGACCCCGUCCCAGCGGAACAAGUGGCAGCAGCAAGAAUUGAUCGCAGAGCUUCGGCGGCGGCAGGCCAAGGAGCACCGGCCUGUCUAUGAGGGCAAGGAUGGCACCAUAGAGGACAUCAUCACAGGUGAGGCUCCUUUCUGGCCUGCGAGCUCUCCCGAGGCUGCAGGCCCCCGUGUGCUGUGCCGAGAAGCCCAGCUUCCCCUGUGCCCUCCCCUUCCCCGUGCCCCGGGUCUGAUCCGUGUCUCUCUCUCCCGCCGGCUGCAGUGCUGAAGAGCGUCCCCUUCACAGCCCGCACGGCCAAGCGGGGCUCACGCUUCUUCUGCGAUGCAGCCCAUCAUGAUGAGUCAAACUGUUAGCCCCAAGGCUGGGAGCCCCUGACAGGUACCGGGCACCUAAGCUGCCCACCUCUGCAUGACCGUCCCUGGAGGUGUCUGCUGCAUGGCUCAGAUCCAUUCUGCUGGCCCAAGGCUGUUAAGGUCGCUCCGUGCCCUGGGCACCACUUCCCCCUGCAUGCUUCCUUAGGGCUGGGCCCCUCUUCUACCAGGCCUUUUGUGGUGCCUUUAAAAUCCAGGUGAAAAGGGUCUGAGUUCAAGGGCUCCUUGGUCAGAGGCAAGCAUUGUUACGUUGAUGUUGGGGGCACAGGGGAGCUAGAGACCCAUGGUUUAACAGGCUAGGCUUGAUCCUAACUGGGAGAGCACUUCCUGUCAAGCUCCUUGGCAUCUUAACUGUAAACAUCCAUUAGCAGUCGGCCUAUGGUCCUCUUGAUGCCACUUCUGUCUAAAUCGACUCUGGCCUGGCUUGGCCAGCCUGGUCUGCCUAGCAAGGGGACAGCAGCCUCUGAGCCCUGUUGGGGUCUACUUGUCUGUCGGGGAACAACCUGCAUGCUUUUGAAGAUGGCGCUUCUUUGCCUAGGCCACCUUGGUAAGAUUCUUCUCUCCAUCCGCAGGCCUGCACCACUGGGCCUGGAGCUGUGCCCCGGCCCGAGCCCCAGGCCCCCACUGAGGCACCAAUCACAGAGAAGGAAGCACUUCAGGCCCUCAAGCUCAUCUCUACAAGUUGAAGGGGUUUGAUUUGGAGCCUUGGAACUGGCAGUGACCCCCAAGCUGGGGCUGCCACCUGUAUCCCCUCUUCCUGUUCCCAUCCUGAGCCUCGAGACUGGCUUCCCAUUGGCUUCUGGUUCAGAAGGGGUGACAGCGGGGGAACCAGAUUCUCCAGGCCAAUUCCCUGCCCAGGACGCAUUGUCUUUUACUGCACUUUGCUCUUAAGGCCUCUAACCACCUCCCCUGCUAGGGCAUUCUUAAUCCCUUCAAGGCAGCUCAGCCCCUUGUUCGGAGUGGGCACGGCCCCUAGCAGGACCAGGAUGGAGAUGUUGGCUUUAGCACUUCUUGAGAGCUUAGGCCUGGCCCUAGGCCUCAACCCAAGGGCACGAGAAAGAAGGAACAAGAGUAAUGGCUAGAUCCAAGGUGGAGGAAGGGAGAGACAAAGCCCAGGGCCUGAGCCAAAGGGGAGAAAAGUCCUCCAGUUACUUUCUUUUUAGAACCUUGGGUUUCCAUGGCUGACAGAGCACGGGGGACCAAGGACGACAUUCCUGCGGCCAGUGCUCAAGACCCUAUCGUGCUAAUAAGCAGGGUGGGUUGUUAGGCCAACUUCUGGGCUCUUCAGUAUUGAUGAUGGAGUCUUUCCUGCUUGUUCACAUCUAGUCACUGCCUGGCCUCUGAGUGGAGACCAAGGACAAACAGAGCUGGGGAAGGAAGAAAUCACUGGGAUUGCCCGAUUGGUUGAAAGUAAAAAACCAGCAGGCCAGGCACUGGUGUGGACUAGACACUGCUAAUUCAGAUCAGCACCUGCUCAGCAACUCAAUAGUCUUGAGAGCUGCCCUAGAGGCCCUGAGAAGGUAAAUGACUUGUCAGGGUCACACAGCCAGUAAAUGGCAGACGAAGGACUUGCCGCACUGCUUCUGUAAGCGAAGAAAAACACCACGAGAGCCCCCCACUGCUUUACCAGGGCAGGGCUUUUUACUUGAGCCAAAGAUCUCCUACUUGUCCUUCUAGCUCCCCCUAUUUUUCUAUCCCCUGGAAGGGAAUGUAAGUUGUCCCUCCUGUUUUGUAUAUGGAAUCCCAUCCCUCCUUGUCUUGUGUGUCCGCGUGUAUUUAUCUCUUAUCUAUCUACAUGCUCCCUCAAUGCUAACAACAGCUUAGAGCAUCA